GAGUAAGCAUGUUAGUUCCGUUAGUGGUUAGUGCCGUGUUGGUAGUUCAAGUUGGUAGUCAGUUACCGCCUGGAUAUGUUUGUGUACCUGCCGGUACAUGUCCCCCCACUGGCAACAUUGGUAUAGAUAUAAGAAUUGUCACACCAGGAGGUACAAAUCCCUGUCCGCCGGGACAAGUUCCUUGCUUAUUAACGAUACCAACACCAUCACCAACACCCACUGCAAGCACAUGUGGUAAAAGAAGUGUCACUAAUGUUUCACCUAACGAUGGAUUUGCAACACAGGGAGCAUGGCCAUGGCAAGCGUACUUGGUAAACCAAACAGGAUACGCAGGAAGCGGUGUGUUAAUUAAUGCAAAUACAGUACUAACGGCAGCUCAUAAAGUGGUCGGAAACAGAGCCACGCCGGCUAUGAUCGGUGUAUACAUGGGCGUAUACACCCCAAGCCAAUUAGGAACUCGCUUAUCUGUUUCAACUGUAACUAUCCACCCAGACUUUAACAUCAACACAUUCUUCAAUGACAUAGCAUUGUUAACAUUGACUACAUCAAUAGCACCACUGCCACAACAAUUAAUCAACACGGCAUGUUUACCGACUUCUGGACAAAGCUUCAUUGGAUCAUCAUGCACGGUGACUGGUUGGGGACAGACCACCUUCGUGAUAAACGAUGCGCCGCUAUUACAACAAAAGCAGGUGAACGUAACAGUAGUGAGCUAUAAUGCCUGCUACACGUCAAUGAGUGUCGCGUCGCUUUUGGGGACAAACGUAAACACCUAUUUGGAUCCGUUUGGAGAAAUAUGCGCCGGAGGAGAAGCGCAACGGGAUGCGUGUACUCAAGACGGGGGUUCGCCAUUAGUGUGUUACGUCAAUAACGCGUAUGUAGUCGCCGGUCUAGUGAUUUGGGGAAAAGGUUGCGGUCAAGCCGGAGUGUAUGGUGUUUACGUAAAUGUGCCAUAUUAUUUAGUUUGGAUACAGAAUAGCAUCGCCAACUUGGCAGGUUGAGGUUAUACAAUAGAACCAAAACUAUGUACAGUAUUA